CCAGCUCCAUGACAGAUUUUGUCUGUUGCACUGGGUUACCGUGGCAACACAGCCGGGACCCGUGACGUCACUUCCGGGGGAAGUAGACAGCCCAGGGGGACGGAGCCGGGCCCGGGACGUGUGAGCAGCGGUGACCAGCAUGGCGGAGACUAUAGGGGAUGUUGAUGCAGAUUAUCUAGUCAAGGUGGAACUGGAAGGGAGAGUGAAUUCUCUCAAUGAUGAAAUUGACUUCUUGAAAACUCUUUAUGAACUGGAGCUUGAGGAGAUCCACCAACAGAAUUCUGACACCUCUGUUCUUGUAACAAUGGACAACAACAGAUCUUUCAACAUUGAUGAUAUUAUUGCUGAAGUAAAGGCUCAGUAUGAGGAAAUUACCAACAGAAGCAGAGCAGAGGCAGAAGAAGUCUACAAUACAAAGUAUGAAAAACUGGUAAGAGAUGCCGGCAAGCAAGGGAAAGAGCUGACUAUCACAAAGAACGAGAUAUCAAAGCUGACUAGAACCAUCCAGAAAGUCAAAGCUGAAAUUAACAAUGAAAGGAAACAGAUUGCCAACCUUGAGCUGACCAUUACCGAUGCUGAGAAACGAGGAGACACUGCUGUGUUAGAUGCCAAGGCCAAGGUGGUUGAAUUGGAGACUGCAUUAAACAAUAUGAAGCAGGACAUGGCUCGCCAGCUGAAAGAUUACCAGGAGCUGAUGAAUGUGAAACUGUACCUGGAUAUAGAAAUUGCCACUUACAGUACACUGCUAGAAGGAGAGGAGGGCAGAAUGACGGGAGUGAUCACUAAUAAAGUCGAUGUCUCUGUUAUAAGUGGAUCUAAUUCUGGAGUUGGUGCUGGUGCCGGCUCUGGUGGUGGCUACAGUUCUGGUGGUGGCUACAGUUCUGGUGGUGGCUACAGUUCUGCGUAUGGAGGCAACAUCUCAAGUACAUCCGCCAGUCUCUCCAGCACUGGACAGCAACAGAUUAGACGUGGGCCUGUGCAGAUCAUCUCAACAACUGAGAGCCUGAAGUCCAUCAACGCUUCCUAACAAAAUUAAUUGUGCAAAAAAUGCAUCCGUUCAAAUGACUGCUUAAUAUGCAGCAUUCAUAUAAAUUUCUAAAUUGAUCUCAAACCACUAUUGUGCUAGAUAACUGCUAUACUAUAAAGGUAGAGUAAGUGAAAAAUGCCUUUAAACUGCCAUUAUAUUGCUGUGAAAUUAAGUUCACAUUCUAUUAAAAUAAUGCCUUAUACUUUAUUUCCUUGUUUGGCACUAUAAACUCAAAAAUACAUACAAAUUAGCAAAAAUGGGUGUGAUUUCAAAAAACGAAAGCAUAAACAGAAUUAUCUUAAGAAAACAAAAAGUGAGAAAUUAAAGACAAAAACCUACUUUUACAGUUAAAUGAAGCUCACUGCCAUUAAAAGAGAGCUGUUUACAAUUAAAA